AAAAGUUAUGGGUGCAGUCACAAACUCUCCAAGCACAACAUUAAUAAAAUUCCUAACAUUUAGUCAGAGAUUGGAAAACAGAAGCUUAACAAUCAUAACUUUGAAGGAAGAAGCAAUGUGCAAUCUAAAGCUGCCAGUUGUCCUUAUUGUGUUCUCUGUUGCUUUAAGCUAUCUGGAGGCUACACCUAUUGAUAGACUGAUGUCAGUGGCUGGUGAUCUCUCCUAUAGAACUUCUGACAGACAGGAAUGGAUAUUGCCAAUUCUGUCAAGAAAUACACUGUUGGAACUUAGUGGAAUGGUGCCUGAACAAGAAGCAGGAAAAACAAAAAGUCAUCAUCUGGAAAAAAGGAAAUGCAACACAGCCACAUGUGUGACGCAGCGCUUGGCUGACUUUCUAGUUCGAUCCAACAACAAUAUUGGAGCAAUUUUCUCUCCUACCAAUGUGGGAUCCAACACAUAUGGCAAGAGGGAUACAGUUGGGAUGUUAAGCAGGAAACCUCUGAAUUAUCUCCCACAUUAGGGUGUCAUAUUGCUGUUGUAACUCUGAUGAACUUUUCCUAUUUCAUAUAUUAAUGUUCUUAGUGAUGUCAUGUAUCACUGAUUUGCUUUCUUUUGUGUGUGUUUAUUUAUAAUGAUUCUUAUAUUUGUAGUUUGCUUAUAUGUGUAGCCUAACAUGUAGCUGCUUAUUAGCAUUCAAUACAAAAUUUAUUCAUAGAAAGAAAUACAUAUUAUAUAUAUAUAUAUAUAUAUAUAUAUGGAUGCAGUUGCUGACUGUUUUUAAUUAAAACAUUUGAAAAAGACUUGUAUACUUUCAUAGACGAAACUUAAGAACAAAGGAGCAUAUUAAGAUCAUACUAUCUUGUCUUGCUACUUGAAAAGCAUAAAUUGUAAAAAGCUAAGAGUUUUAAUUCUGAAUAGGAGUGAAGUUAGCAAUUGGAAGAACUAGGCCCUGGCACACUUUUGGAAGCAGUCUCUGUGAGUGCUCAAUUAUCUGAAAAGUAAUAAAAUACUAGUUAAAACAAAAUUGAA